UCGUCUUGAUCUCGUCUUGAUGCCAUUUUCGCGAAGCCGCAUUCCAGCAAGGCACGGAGGCAGGCAGCUCCUUCAGUCCGCUCCUCCGGUUCUGGCGGUUCGUUUCUCUUCGGUGGUUGCUUUAGUAGGUCGCUGUAGGUUAUAAUGGAAGACGUUACGGUUGCUGCUCGAUUGACCAAUAAUACCGCGUCCGACUGCGUUCCGUCGCAUACGGGCGUUCCGUCUCAUACCGACAUUCCGUCUCAUAUGGACGUUUCGUCUUGUAACGGCCUCACCGUUACAUCUCCCGACAUUAUCGAUGCUUCCUCGAGUGACCUCAGCGCGAGCGGUUACCGGACGCCUCCUCGGUCCUGGAUACACGCCACGUCGCCGGGACUUCCUGAAAUCCAGGAGGUUCCCGAGGAACUCUCAAGAACCACCGGCGGAAACGGAAAUGACGCGAAAGUAGGAUUCGUCAGAAACGAAACCUUGCUUGAAACCGAAGCUGGAAAUGUGGGAAAUGGCUGGUCAAAUCCGAAGAAAUCACCAAGUUUACCCCCGGUUUCGCCACGUGUCAGAAGCCCUCUCUCUAAGGAACCAAGAUCCCCCCUCUUAAAUUCCUGCGAUAGCUCCCCUCUUGCGCCAUCCCCGCUUCCCCAUGGUUCGGGGGACAGAUCUUCCCUUGCGCCCUCCCCCCUUUCACAUGGCUCUGUGGAUAAGUCCCCUCUUGCGCCCUUCCCGCUUCCCCAUGGUUCGGGGGAUAGAUCUCCCCUUGCGCCCUCCCCCUUGUGCUCCCCCGGCCUUCCUCCGCGCAGCAGCCCCAUCAGUUCCGCCAAUUCCACAGCUCCCCCUUCCGCAGAUUCACCUUCCGCGGGAGCAGCAGGAGCAGCAGAAGCAGCAGAAGCAGCAGAAGAAGCAGAAGAAGCAGAGGCAGCAGGAGCAGGAGCAGCAGGAGGAGCAGGAGGAGCAGGAGGAGCAGAAGGAACAGGGGCAACGACCGCAGCCAGAGAAAGUGCAGCAGGAGAGGGUGCAGCAGCCACUAGUACACUCGGUGUUGGCUCGUGCAGUGACACUGCGGCAACUGGCGCAACAGGAGCAAGGGGAGCAGGAGCAGCGGGAGAAACAGGAGAAACGGGAGAAACGGGGAAAACGGGAGCAGCAGGAGAGACGGGAGCAGCGGGAGAGACGGGAGGAGAAGCAGCUUUGGGGUCCAUGGACGGCGAAUUGAGAGGAGGAGGGGCGGGAGAGGUACGGUUCGGAGUAGGAGGGUUGGGAGAAGGGAGAGGAGCGGGGGGAGGGUUAAGGAGGCAGAGAAGUGGGGUGGUGGGAGGGUUGCGGAGGGAGGGGAGCAUGGGAGCUCAGAAGGAGGGGAGCAUGGGUCUUCGGAGAGAGGGGAGCGUGCAGCUGAGGCGGGCAGGGAGUGGGCUGCAUGCAGGCAUGCGCACCACGAGUGACGUCAUGGCUCAGAUGAGAGGGAUUACGGCAGGAGGCGGAGGGGGCGGGGGAGGGGGAGGGGGAGGGGGAGGGGGAGGGGGAGGGGGGAGGAGGGUGCUUGGAGGGGACUCGGACUGCUCGGCGUGCAAGCUGAUUGCGUUGUACGGCGCCACAGGGCAGGAGUUCCAUCGGUCGUCGUGCCCCUUGGCCAAGAGAGACGCAGGAGCAUCUGGUGCUGCUAGCGCCAAGCCUGGGUCGUUAGAAGGCAUGCUAGAGUUGAGCAGCGCUCGCACGCGCCUCAUGGUUGCAGCACAGGAGGUGCUGGAGGCUCAGACGCGCCUGGAAAUGCACAGCGCGUCGGGUGCCAUGGGGGAGAAGGCUGCAUCUGGGGGAGGCACUGGGAAGGGGGAGAAAGGGGGAGGUGGUACUGGGAAGGCGGAGAAAGGGGGAGGUAGUAGCGGGAGGCAGGAGAAAGGAGUGGGUGGUGGGAAGGGCGGAGGUGGUGAGCGUGGAAGUAGUGGCGCUGCUAGCAGUGGAGACAGUGGCAAGAGUGGGGGUAGUGGUAAAAGUGGUGGUGGUGAUGGGAGCAAGAAGAAAGGUGGGGGGCUGGGUGGCCUCAUGCGAACCAGCAGCAACGCAGCAUCGGCGGGCGGGGGGGAGGGGGAGGUAUGAAGGGUAUGGGCCUGGGGGGUUUGAUGAGAACCAGUAGCAACGCAGCCACCAGCAGCAGCAGCAGCAGUACCGGCGGUGGAGGGAGUGGGGGGGUUGGAGGGGUGGGGGGAAGUGGCCAUCGGUUGGGAGGUUUGGUUCGGACCACCAGCAGCGUGUCAAAGGAAGCAGGCACUGCAAGUGGAAGCAGCUUCGGCGGAGGAGGUGGGUUCGGCUUGCCUUCUAGCAAGUCUACGGGCGGUGCUGGGGGCCUGACACGCACUAGUAGCAACGCUUCUGCUCUAGGUGGUGGCAGUGGCAGUGGCAGCAGCGGCAGCAGUGGUGGCGGUGGCGGGGGUGGUGGAAAGGGUUUGAGUGGUUUGGGGAGUGGUCUAGGGGGGUCUGGCUUGCGACGGACAAGCAGCAAUGCGGGGGCAGUGAGUGGGAAAGGGGGGGGCUUAGGCAGUGCGGGAGGGGGGGGUGGGGGGACUGUGGUGGGGAAGUUGAAACGGUGGAUCUCAGGUGUAGAGCACGGUAGCACGAAAGGUUGAGGAUGAUGGACUGUGUGUGUGUGUGUGUGGUAGCCACUAUCGCGAACGGCUGACUUUGUUUUGGUCGGUACACACUCAGCUGUCCUGGUUGUACCGGCACUAGUGUAGAAUGUGGAUUUUUUCGGUCGAUCUCUGGGUUUGCAGGGUAUUUCUGAGAAUUCAACAAAAUGUGUCAGUCAAUCUUGUUAAGAACUUAGGAUGCUAGGUCCCUAAAGUUAGGACACUAGCUUAGCUAGGAUAGGAGCAAGGCCGCCAUGGAACGGCGCUAGGAAAAACGAAUCUAGGAGU